CAGAAAGCUUAACAGUGAGCAGCGAGAGCUAUUUUUCAUUUAUGUCGAUAUGCUGUUUUGGAGUUGUGAUUAAAGCUGACUCACAGACCAGCACCUUUUCUUCAAAAGAGCUUCAAGAGAACCUCUAUCAUCACAAUAUACUCAUAAUGAUCAACAUGAACCUGAUCCGUUCGUCUGAGGUUUUGGUGAAGAACUCAAUCGCAGCAGUUAUUUCACCUCUGAAAGAUGGCCUCUGGUCCAUCAACAAGUUCUAUGAGGCCCUCAUUGAUGGAGAUGUAGAUCCCAUUAGUGGACAGUGUGCCAACUACAAACACAGCAGAAAGCAGAUUGUGCGGGCCAAGAAGAACCUAGAGCGGUCAGAACAGGCAGCUGGUACAGGGCUGAGAAGUCUGGAUGUAAACAUUGAGAUCAUGACACGAGACAUGGGAAAGCUUGAGCAAGAGAUGAGAGGAACAAAACUAAAGUUAGACAACUUGAGAACAGAGCAGACAUCUAAUGAAGAUUUACUGAAGCAGUCUGAAAGUUCCUUGGAGCAGAGUAGAAGAAAUGUGAAUUCAGCAAGAGACACACUUCGGAAACAAGAAGAGAGGAAACGUAAAGCUAAAAUUGUGACAGGUGUAGGAUUGGGAGUGACGUUAAUACCAGUAGUCGGAUGGAUUGCUGGUCCUGCCAUGGCAAUUGGUGGUGCAAUAGAAAUAGAUGAAGCUUCAAAUGCUGCAGAAGUAGCUGAAGAGGAGAUGAGAAGCUUUGAGUCUCAAGUGGAAAAAUACAGACGUAAAGUGUCCGAAAAUAAGCAGAAAAUUUCCCAGACUGAGAGCAACAUCAAGCAGAAAUGUGAUGAGGUGGAGCAGAUCCGUCACAAGACCCAGAAGGUGAAGGAGCAAAGAGAGGCUGUAGCUGACUUCCAGAAGAAAGUGAGAGAGGCUGUCCAUGUCCUGAGUGGUUUGAGUGGAAAGGCCAGAGUGGCUGAAGCUCAGACUCGCAGAUUCAUCUUGCAGAAACCAGUGAUGAAGGUGAUGGAGGAUCUGAUGAAGGCAGCAGGAGAAAUUACAAGGAAUCAGCUCCUUUCUGCUGAAGGCAUACCAAAACUCAUCAAUGAAAUAAAGGAGAACAACAGAAAACUGGCAGCCAUCUGCGCCUCAGCCAGCAAUGCUGUAAAUGAGGGCUACUACUGAUUAUCUUAAAGUAGUUUUAGUCGAAAACAUUUUUGUGUUUGAGUGUUUCUGAGCCCAUGCAGUGAUUUCCACUACAGAAUCAUGACCUUUUUGGCCUUGUCCCUUAAAUGCAGAGAUUUCACCAGCUUCUCUGAAUGUUUUAAUGUUAUUAUGUUAUUAUUUAAUGUUGAGAAACAUUCUUGAAUUGUUGCACUAUUUGAUCACAGAGUCUUUCUUAUAGAGGUGAACCCCUCCUCAUCUUCUACUUCUACUUCU